AUGAGAUUUUUUAUGAUUUCAGAGUUAGUUACUUUGGUUCUGUUGUCUUUGGUGAUUGAAUGUGUUGUGUGCAGAGAAUGCACCAACACUUUUCCAGAAUUAUCAUCACACACUUAUCGAUAUGCAUUGCUGACAUCCAAAAAUGAAAGUUGGAAAAAUGAGGUAUCAGCUCAUAAUCACUACCAUUUGACUCCCACCGAUGAUUCUUACUGGGCUAGUUUGCUUCCAAGGAGGAUGAUGAGGCAGGGGGAUCAAAUUAGUUGGCUGAUGUUAUAUAGACAGAUAAAGGAUUAUAAAGGGUUUAACGGGAGUGGAGGAUUUCUAAAGGAAGUGCCUUUGAACAAUGUGAGGUUGGAACCGGACUCAAUUUAUGGAAUAGCUCAGCAGACUAAUUUGGAGUAUUUGUUGAUGUUGGAUGUUGAUAGCUUAGUGUGGAGUUUUAGGAAAACUGCUGGUUUGCCUACUCCUGGUGAGCCAUAUAAAGGGUGGGAGGCUAAGGACACUGAGCUCCGCGGUCACUUUGUAGGACAUUUUUUGAGUGCCUCUGCGCAAAUGUGGGCAAGCACCAACAAUGAUACUCUGAAAACGAAGAUGUAUGCGGUGGUUUCUAGUCUAUCCGAAUGUCAGCAGAAAAUGGGUACAGGAUAUCUUUCUGCUUUCCCUACUGAAUUCUUUGACAGAUUCGAAGCUUUAGAAACAGUUUGGGCGCCAUAUUAUACAAUUCACAAGAUAAUGGCAGGUCUUCUGGAUCAGUACAUAUUGGCUGGUAAUGAGGAUGCCUUCAGAAUGUUAAAAUGGAUGGUUGACUAUCACUAUAAUCGUGUACAAAAUGUGGUUUUGAAGUACUCUAUUCAAAGACAAUGGGCUUGCCUCAACGAAGAGACGGGUGGCAUGAACGAUAUUCUUUAUAGGCUAUACAAAAUAACGGGGGAUUCAAAGCACUUAAUCCUGGCUCACCUUUUUGACAAACCAUGCUUUCUGGGAGAACUCGCAGUUCAGGCAGAUGACAUAUCUGGUUUCCAUUCUAAUACACACAUUCCGGUGGUUAUUGGUGCUCAAAUGCGCUACGAGGUUACUGGUGAUCCUUUGUAUAAGGAGAUUGGGACAUUCUUCAUGGACAUGAUCAACUCUUCCCAUUCAUAUGCAACUGGAGGGACAUCAGUUAGUGAAUUUUGGUCAGAUCCAAAGAGACUGGCAACCACUCUACAUACUGAGAAUGAAGAGUCGUGUACAACCUACAACAUGUUGAAGGUUUCUCGCAAUUUGUUUAGGUGGACCAAAGAAAUGAGGUAUGCAGAUUACUACGAACGAGCCUUGAUAAAUGGAGUACUGAGCAUCCAAAGAGGAAGAGAACCUGGUGUUAUGAUAUAUAUGCUUCCUCUAAUGCCAGGUGGUUCUAAAGCUGUCAGCUACCACAAGUGGGGAACAAAAUUCGAAUCCUUCUGGUGCUGCUACGGAACAGGGAUUGAGUCAUUCUCGAAGUUAGGAGAUUCGAUAUACUUUGAAGAGGAGGGAGAGGUUCCAGGGUUAUACAUAAUUCAGUACAUACCAAGCUCGUUGCAAUGGAAAUCUGGGGGAAUUCAGCUUGACUUGACAAUGAAUCCAGUUGUCUCCUGGAAGAAGAAUGCCGGAGUGACUGUAGCCAUUACUUCACGGCAGGCAGGGAGUGUGAAGGCUACUUUGAAUUUAAGGAUGCCGACUUGGACAGAUACAAAAUCUGCAAAGGCACUUCUGAAUAACCACAACUUAGAUUUACCAGCACCUGGGAAUUUCCUUUCAGUCACAAAAGAGUGGAGUUCAGGGGAUAAAAUCACUCUGGAGUUUCCCAUGAGUCUUCGUCUUGAAGCCAUCAAUGAUGAUAGAAAAGAAUUUUCUUCUCUCCAUGCAAUUCUUUAUGGUCCUUAUCUGCUUGCCGGUUUGUCCAAAGGGGACUGGGACAUGAAUGCAGAUGCAAAUGCAUCGCUUAGCAACUGGAUUGUACCAAUUAAAGCUGACUAUAAUGAUCACCUUAUCUCGCUUUCUCAAGAAUCAUUUUCCCUGGCUGCAUCCAUUGAUUCAGUGAGAUUGCAAGAUACGCCUGAACCUGGAACAGAUGAUGCUGUUAAUGCUACAUUCAGAAUUAUACUAAAAGACUCGAAUGCAAAUUUCUCAUCACCACGAGAUGCCAUUGGCAAAUCAAUCAUGCUAGAGCCAUACGGACUUCCUGGUAUGCUCCUGACACAUCAAGGUGCAGGCAAACCGCUUUUGGUCUCAAGUGAAUCCACCGACAGUUCCGUCUUUCAUUUGCUUGCUGGGUUGGAUGGAACAGGCGGGACAGUGACUCUAGAAGCAGCAAACAAGAAGGGGUGUUACAUAUCAAGUGGCAUAAAUGAAAAAUCAGGUGCAAAUAGCAUAAGUCUUGGCUGCAACUCAGGAUCUUCAAAUGCUGGUUUCUCUCAGGCAGUAAGCUUUAAGAUGGAAAAUGGGAUCAAUGAAUACCAUCCUAUUAGCUUUGUUGCAAAAGGGGCACACAGGAACUUUCUUCUGGUUCCUUUAUAUAGCUUGAGGGAUGAGUCAUACACUGUAUAUUUCAACAUUUAG